CACGAUGCUCGUGAGAAAAUCACGUACACCAGCGGCAAAGCCGGAUGUUUGACAGCAGCAGCAACUGACCGAGACCCACGGUAUUUUAUCAGAGUGACCUUACCGGCGGACAGUGCAUCACGAGGCGUUAUAAACAUCCACCUCACGGAAAAAAACUGAAAAUGCCGCUGGGUGAAGAGAAGAACGGGGCUUGCGAUAGGUCCAUAUAUGUGAACAAUCCUCAUUUAGAGUCCAUGACAGAAGACAUCCUUUACCAUUUCAACCUGGGAACAUCCACUCACGACUUACCUGCCAUGUUUGGAGAUGUCAAAUUUGUGUGUGUAGGAGGAAGUCCAUGGAGGAUGAAGUCUUUCACUGAAUACAUAGCCAAAGAACUGGGGCUAUCAGAGCCUAAUGCUGAUUACCCAAAUAUAUGUGCAGGAACCGAUCGCUAUGCCAUGUACAAAGUUGGACCUGUGCUGUCUGUCAGUCAUGGCAUGGGCAUCCCAUCUAUCUCUAUAAUGUUGCAUGAGCUUAUCAAGCUCCUGUAUCACGCCCGCUGCACUGAUGUCACUGUAGUGCGCAUCGGGACGUCAGGUGGAAUAGGAUUAAAGCCAGGGACUGUGGUGGUUACCAAACAGUCAGUGGAUUCUGCGUUCCAGCCUCGUCUUGAGCAGAUCAUCCUGGGGAAACCAGUGGUCAGGAGCACAGAACUCGAUGGGGAACUUGCAGAGGAGCUGCUUCAGUGUGGCAAAGACCUCGCCGAGUUUGAGACUGUCAUUGGUAACACAAUGUGCACCCUUGACUUCUAUGAAGGUCAAGCUCGGCUGGAUGGGGCCUUCUGCUCAUACAGCGAAGAAGAUAAACAGAACUAUCUUGCCGAAGCCUAUGCUGCUGGAGUUCGUAACAUUGAAAUGGAGUCAUCUGUGUUUGCGGCCAUGUGCAAACUGAGCAAUCUACGAGGCAUGUCAUUUAAAUACACCAGUUAAUGAGUAAUUCUUGCACAAGAUUGUGAUAUUUCAUGUGAAAUUUGUUUGGUUAAUACUGAAAAGCCUUUAUGCACGGGUGCUAUUUAUGGGUUUAUGAUCUUUUAUUGCAGUUUGUUGGGUUCAUUUUCCCUCUUGUCACACAUUAAGCCUGCUGAUAUGGGUUAAGGUUAUGUGAUAAUAUUGAAGAAUUUCUUCCUGUUUCUUCAGCUGCGGUUGUGUGUGUAGCACUGCUUGACAGACUGAAAGGAGACCAGCUGACCAGCUCUCACGACGUCCUGAAUAACUACCAGCAGCGACCUCAGGUCUUGGUGGGACAUUACAUCAAAAAGAAGCUGAAUGCCUCUAAGAAAAGCUAGUUAGUUUGAAAGCUCUUCAAUAAAACUUUGAGAACAGUCCCAGGUGAAGGUAGGAAAAAAUAUAGUGAAGUUUUGAUCAGAACAAUUUUUUAAAAAUAUAUAUGGCAACGCAGCUCUUAUAAGUUUAUCAAAUAUGAUCAAG